CUCUUCAGUCUUCUGUGCGAUUUCGAUCUGUGCGGGCGUGCAGACGCGCUUUCAAGUAAAGUUCUCUUGUUCCGCCAUAAUCCAAUCAACUCCCCAUCCGGUAUCCCGUGUUUACAACGUCAAGCUUCUGCUCAGGCCGACUGGCAGAGUCACCACCGGAAGAGCCGCCGCGAUUAGCAAUUGGGCCUCUUUGAAGAAUUCUCUGCUCACACUUCUCACCGGUCAAAUUGUUGAAUCACAUCUUCUCUUCUCCAAAACUAUCACGGCUAGAUAGUCACCGAGACCGAAGGAGCCAAAGAGCCACGUGAAGCGUCGACAAUUGGCAUUCACCCGCGCGCGUCAAUCCACCCUUUGGGAGAGACAUCGCGGUGAAAGCUCUGCACACCGGAAGAUUUCUGCGGCGAAUGUUUAGAGAGAAAUCCAGAGAGUUGUAGUGAAAAAUUGGAAAUCCUUCUCAAUUUCCAGUAGAUUUCCCUCAAAUCACACGAUACUACUCUGUCUCUGGCUUUCGCUUAAAGUGUGUUGUGCAGUCGCAUAUUAUAUAUACUCUAAAGCUCUCCGGCCGAGGAGAAAGUUUCACGAGGUGGAGGGUUGAGUAACUAAUUGAGAGGGAGAAAGAGAGAAAAAAAUCCCGCAACAAUUGAAUAGUGAAUUAUCCCAGAGUUAAUUCUCGUGUCUGUGGACUUUUCUUUGCUCGACGAGGAGUCAGGAUUUCACUUUGCCUGCAGGCAAGAACACCGUGGAUUUCCGCUGAGCUACGCACCCCUCGGCAUCUUGAGGAGGCGAUCUUCGCUGAUCCUCUUCGAGAUCUAAGAAUUCGAUUACGGCUAUUGGGUCAAUUUGGUGGGUCGCACUCGUGUUUGAGGAGACUGUUUCCAACGUAUCUCUCACUGUAAGUUCAGUGGAACAGCUGUGCUGAGUCUUCAAACUGUGUGUGAGAAGAGACGAAGACAGGAGGAGAAAAAAAGAAAGAAAGAAACGAAGAAGAAGCGCGCGAUCUCUCUGCAACUGCAACAAUUUUCUUCAAGUCUGGAGACGAAAAUUUCACACACAUUUUCACAGCUUUCAAUUAUUAUCUCUCUCAAUUCGGUGCAAACAUUGCCAUCCAGCAAGUUUUGAAUUCGCCAAGGAGGCGACACGACAAAAAGAAGAAGCAAUAUACGCAUUGCACACUGUGAAUAUCAAGACAGUUUGUUUUCUCAUCGCGAAAAUUGCGCACACAACACUUGUGUGACUCAGUUGACGGCCAGAUAUCCUAUAUAGAAUCCGUUAAAGAAGAAAUUGAGCAAGUGAGAAAGAGAUUGUUGGAUUAAAGGCAAGAGAAAGAGCAGUGUGAGGGCAAAAUGGAUGAAACCAAUAAGAAAAUGGAGUCUGCAGAUCCAUCAGUGACACUCACAAUUCGUCUCAUAAUGCAGGGAAAGGAAGUGGGAAGUAUCAUUGGCAAAAAGGGUGAAAUUGUCAAGAGAUUUCGCGAAGAGUCGGGUGCCAAAAUAAAUAUUUCCGAUGGAUCAUGUCCGGAGAGAAUUGUGACGGUGUCUGGAUCAACAAAUGCCAUCUUCAAGGCAUUUGCACUCAUUACAAAGAAAUUUGAAGAGUGGUGUUCGCAAUUCAAUGAUGUCAAUACUCCAGGUGGAAAGACACAGAUUCCGAUUCGUUUGAUUGUGCCAGCAAGUCAGUGUGGAUCACUAAUUGGCAAAGGCGGAUCUAAAAUCAAGGAAAUUCGCGAGGGAACUGGUUGCUCCAUUCAAGUGGCUAGUGAGAUGUUGCCAAAUUCGACGGAACGUGCUGUUACACUGAGUGGAACUGCUGAUCAAAUAACUCAGUGUAUUUAUCAUAUUUGCUAUGUGAUGCUGGAGUCACCACCAAAGGGUGCAACAAUUCCGUACAGACCAAAACCACAAGUGAAUGGUCCUGUAAUUCUGGCCAAUGGACAGGCGUACACCAUUCAAGGAAAUUAUGCGGUGCCAGCUCAAGAGACCUGCACAGUAUUUCCACUAGCGUUGGCCGGUGGCCUUCAUGCUGGCAUCUCGGGUCUGGCUGAUCCACUCCUGAAAGGGGCACAUCUGCCAGCCGCAGUGCCUCCACAUCAUCUACAGCAAAUACCUGAUAUGGGCGGACUCACCAAGAAUCCCUUGGCCGGCUUAGCAGCUCUGGGUGCUCUUGGAAUGGCUCCAGCAAACACAGGAGGUUUGAAUCCCACAGCAUUGGCCGCUUUGGCUGGAUCUCAGCUGCGCUCGAACAACACAAAUCGCAAUCAACAGACGAAUCAGCAGCAGCAUGAAAUGACGGUGCCAAAUGACUUGAUUGGAUGCAUUAUUGGCAAAGGUGGCACCAAAAUCGCCGAGAUUCGACAAAUAUCAGGUGCCAUGAUUCGCAUCUCGAAUUGUGAGGAGCGCGAAGGUGGCAACACCGAUCGAACAAUCACAAUCAGUGGAAAUCCCGACUCUGUGGCUCUGGCUCAGUAUCUCAUCAACAUGAGGAUUUCCAUGGAGACUGCGGGCCUGCCGCUGCCCGGCUAUCACUACAUCGCCCCAAAUCACAUAGUGAAGGCGCCGAUCCAUUGAAUUCAUCAGCAGCCGAGAUCUGGAAUGCUGCGCCCGCAGAUUUACAACACACUGACGCCCGAAUACUUUCUUCUGCCACAGCAAUUCUCACAAUCACUUCCUCCAGCUUCUUUUCCCACCACGUCCACCCGGUGGCCGCACUUUGUCACCCACCUGUGGAAGGCGGCCGGUGAGAUCUUCACGGCGGCCGACGGAUGAGAGAGAAACAGAGAGAGAUUUUAGCGAGAAAUGUUCUCUUUUAACGCCACUAUUCAACGGUUACUCUGUAGUCGGGUUAUCUUUUCUCAAUUCAAAUGAAAAACAGCGUUUCAAUUGACACAUUUUUGUAAAAGUAUCCAAAAAAAACAUAUCUCAAUUCAAACACUACACAUAUCUCAGUAUAUUUUCAAAAAAAAAAAGAUAAAAACAUGAUUUUGUGUGACUUUCUACCCACUUACACACCGACUUGACGAUGGAUUUUCGCUCUUGUCAGAGACAAUUUUCAAACAUAUCUCCCACAAUUUGUCACACAGAUGAGCAAUCAUGCCAUUUUCGUUCACUUUCGUCGACGUAUCGUGAGAAGGAAUUUGAUGAAACAUAGCACCAUGCUUAAGGAAAAACACACACACACACGCAUAUGAGUGGAGAGCAAUAUCACAAUCUCAUAUGGUGGAGUGAAUAAUGAUGAAUUUAUUGAAAGUGCCAAACUUACACAACCUCACUUGGUUAUUCUUUCGUCAAAGAAGUUGUAAAGAAAAACAUGGUAUAAUGUUAAACAAUUUUCACGAAUGGAGACGCUAUCAGAGAUGAAUUUAUUUAUGUCACCGAUAAGACAAACGCGGGGCAUAUUUUAGAGAAGGUAAAAUAAAAAAGGAGUGUAGAAUUUUUUAGUUCAGACAGAGCGCGAGAGAUUUUGUGCGAGAGAGAAAAAAAAAGAAAGAAAAGCUCUGCGCGCUGAGAAAGUGAAAAGAAUGCAAAAAAAAGAGUAACAAAUACGUGUAAUUUAGGUAGAAUGUAUUUUAGAUAUUCUUAUUUAUUAUCCAAUAAAAUACUAUUCUAUAGAUGACGAGAGGAUACUUUAAAGGUGAAGAUAGAAGGAUUGUGCGAAAGAGAGAAGAAGAUGGAAAUCAAGUGAUAAUUUUUUGCGAGAAAGAUGAAGAAAAAAAAAGAGAAGAAGAUGAAAUGAUGAGAAAAAUUAUACUUUAUUGACUAAAAGAAGUAAAUACGAGACAUUUAUUUUUACAACGUGAGACAUUUAACUUUAGUUUAGUAUUUAAAAAUAAAAAAAGAUAGAAGAAAAAACGUGAAGAUGAGGUGAAAAAAAAGGCAAAAUGAGGAUCAAUAUUUGUAGCAUUAUUAAUGAGUGUUGGAUUUUUUUUCUCUCUCUUUGUUUUAUUAUUUAGAGCCACAGAGAAAGCGACUUGAUUUUCUUUCCUAAUUUUAUUAUUAUAUUACAAAAUACUUAAAUAAGCGAAUUUGUAGAAGAGACAAAAAAAAACGGGCGAAACUGACUAGAAGAUUUUAUCGUUUACUUGAGUUCAUAUAGUCUUCAGCAGGAAGAAGGAGAGAAAGGAGGAGUUGGUAGUGGAGAUAAUAUAGAGGACAAGGUGAAAUGUGUUGAAACUUUAUUACAUAAUUUUUAAGUACAACUUUAAAAGCAAGAAAUGGUAAGAAAAGCAUAGGUAAUCAAUGAGCAAAUUUGCAACUGAAAUCGCUGCUGAUAAGAGUAUCUGAGAGACUCCAUAUGAUGAGAAAUUGAAGAAGAUGAAGAUGAAAAACAGAGAUGACAAUGUGAAGGAGUUUGGAAUGCGAGGAGGUUUAAGAAAAAAGACAAUAUUAUUUGUAAAUAAUAAGUAAUAUGGAGGCAGAUGAUGAAAUAAUUACAAUUAUCAAAGAAUUAUAUAUUGUAGUAGUGAUGAUGAAGAAGAGUUAUUGCAAGUGGGCGAGAAGAUGAAAAAGAAAAAGAAGAAGAACAUAUUUAAAAGGUAAAUAAAAAAAAAUCAUUUUAACACAAUAAAAUGAAUAACUGAGAAAAUUGGGAACAAGUUAUUCUAAUUCUAAUUACUUAUCAUAAGAAAUUAUAUCAAUAUCAAUUCAUUUUUUUAAUUCUAAUUCAAAUAUACUGUCAUAUUAAUUGUAGAUAAAAAUGAUAAACAUAUGAAUUGAUGGUAUGUAGAUUUAAAUGGUGACAACACACACACACACAAAAGAGGAAGACACACUCUUUUUUCGAAUCUUAAUGUAUCUGACGUGAAAUAUGUAUGGUAAUAAAAAAAAACAAGGAGAUUCUUGGAAAAAAAAUAUAUAUUUAAUGAAGAAGAAGUGAAUGAAAAGCAAAGUAUAUCUUCAAUAACAAUUUUUAAAUAGUAUUGAAUAAUAGAUAAACAAGUUUUCGCGAAUUUACGUUGCAUUGUCAAAUUAUUUCACAAGCAAGAAUAAAGAGAAACAAAUGAUAAAAACACAAAUGCGAUGAUAAGGACCUCUUAUCGUAUAUCUAAUAAGUAAAAGGAGAAAUAUUGCGACAAAUGUGUGAAAGAUGAGAGCGAGAGAGAAAGCGAUGGUAAAAGAAUUUGACAAAAAAGCAAUAUUAAAUAUAACAAAAGAAAAAUGUUAUAGAAAUGAGAAUUUUUUUUCUUGGUGAUUUUCCAAAAAGAAAUUUCAUUCUGAAUUGAACAAAAAGCAAGCUGAAGAGUGAAAAAAAAGAAAUUCAUAAAAACAAUAUAUUUGUAAGAAUGCAACGAAGAAAUUUAAAAUGAAGAAGAAAAAGAGAGUUUCCUCGAACUCAUUUUGACUCCAGCAUAAGAGGAAAUUUUUUGCAAAAAGAAAAUGCAUCAAGUUUAUGAUUUUUGGUAGUUUUUUCGGAAAAUGGGAUCAAGCCAAAGAAUUUUAUAAAUAUAUAGUGUGAAAAAAAAAGAAAUGGAAAUCAUUAAUUUAAUAAAAGAAAAA